CUCACUAGUCGCAUCUGGUUCUCUACCACUGCAUCGCCUAUCCAAUUGCCCAUUACAUCAUGGACCAUGAUAUCCCUACUAUAGUCUCCACCCACAAGCCAGCCGAUGACUGGUCGGGACUGAGCGAUCCGCAAGAGAGGCGCAGGAGACAAAACCGGCUGAACCAGCGCGCACAUCGAAAACGUAAACAAGCACAAGCAGACCCCACAGACACAGACACAGAAAACAUAUCCAGACCAGCCACCAAAAAACCUUUCCCCACCACCAACGCCCUCUCCCAAGUCCAACCCAUCACCAACCCCAAACGCAUCGCCUGCCCCCACCCCGACACCCUCGCCAUCCUCCUCGCCCGCUUCAGUCGCACCACCUUCGACAUCCCCCCACUCACCUCGCCCACAACGGACACCAACCUCCUAACCCUCAGCAAAGCCAACGUCUUCCGCGCCUUCGCCCACAUCAUCACCCUCCUCGGCAUGACCCCCCACAACGACUGGAUGCACGACGACGCCCUCUCCCCCUUCAGCACACAAGGCCCCACCGGCGUCGACGCCUCCUCCCUCCCGCCCAGCCUGCGCCCCACCCCCGUCCAGCGCGAGUGCCCCCACCACCCAUGGCUGGACUUCUUCCCGUUCCCGCGCAUGCGCGACAACCUCAUCCGCGCAGGCGACGGCUUCGACGACGAGCAGCUGUGCGUGGAUAUCAUGGGGUUUUGGGACACUAAUUCUGCGGCGUCUGUCGAGGGGUGUAAUUUGCUCGUUUGGGGGGAGCCGGCUGAUCCGAGGAGUUGGGAGUUGACGGAGGCGUUUAUCAAGAAGUGGCCGUGGGUGGUGAGGGGGAGUCCGGAGCUUAUGGAGUCGACGAAUUAUUGGAGGAGGAGGAGGGGGGAGAAGUUGAUUUUUAGGUAUCUUUAACUCUAUUUUUUUGACUUGUUUUUGGGUUUGGGAUGGGUGAGCGUAUAGUACUGCAUGU